GAGAGAUACUGUUAACAGUAAUAUAAUUAAAAUUAAUAUUUUUUUUAAUAGUAAAAUUGAAUUGUUGAAAUUUGUUAAAGUGCAAAUUAGGUACUAAUAAAAUCUUCAGUGAAAUUUGAAAAUAGAAAAAAAUAUAUUAUUACCUAGUAACGUUAAUACAUGUGUUGUGUUAAAAGACCGAUUCGUGUUUUUCAGGGAGGCUAAUAAGAAGUGAGGCAUACUUAUCAUUAUAGAUAUAAAUCACAAGUAUUCGAAGAUAACAGAUAACAGUUGUUCUUGUGACAUCAUUAUAUCUGUUAAAAAAUAUCUAUUAUAAUUCACCAUACUCAAGUUAUUCAACCACUACCAGCAAUCAACAUUUUCAGUAUUCGUUAACAGCUGGCCAUUAUCAUAGCUUGAAAUAACAGAACAACUAAUAAAAAAUGAAACAACUAUUCUUGUCUUUGUUUUUUGUAUAAUAUUGUCAUAAGCUAAAAUGAGACACACCUAGUAUUUAUUUGAAAUAAACCAACAUUAUAGUAAGUCGUUUCAUAAGAAGAAAUUCUCUUUGAAAAACGAAUUCUUAAUUAUAUCAUGUUAUAUGUUAUUUCGUUGAUUUAUCUAGCUCGUUCACACCUAUUUGAUAUACUGUUACUAAAACGAGAAGCACUUAGUAUUAUAACCCGAAAAAUAGAAAUUGUAAUCUUACAGAAAGAUCCUCGAAACGUCACUUCCUAAUUAGUUCGUGUAAACUGUUAUUUCGUAAUUUAUCUCGCUCACACCCAUUGUAUAUACUGUUGCUAAACCGAGAUGCAACUAAUAUUAUACUUAAACUCAUAUUUGUAUGUUAUUUCCUUACGACCUAUUGGGCCGUGGUUGAAAAAAAUUUCGGAUGUUAUUUAAUAAAAAAUGUACUGGUGUCUUCAGCUACAGGCUCUAAGAAGACCUAAAUUGAGAGAAUUGACGAAAUGUAGAAAGUCAAACUGCUCUUUUAGGUAGCAAGGAAAGGAAAAGUUAAAAGAGAUAUUGUGGAGCAGUGAAACAAUGAUGAGAAAAUACGUCAAAUUCUGGAGGAGAUGCAUAUGCUGUUUAAUUUAAAUAUGACUGAUGCGAACGCUUCAUCAGAAAACAAAUCUCUUUGGACUGCGGUUCAAAUUAGGCAUUCAGCGUUGGAGCGGAACAAACGGUGUCUAUUAGCUUAUCUUUACAAUAGAAUGCAGAAAAUUAAAACUCUCCGCUGGGAGUUCGGCUCAGUGCUACCUACGGAUGUGAGAGAGUUAUUAUCUGAUGAUGAAUACUUGUGGUUCACCAAGUAUUCUACCAAUCUAGCGUCGUAUAUGCGAUCCCUUGGUCAAGAUAUAGGCUAUAACGGUAUAGAUUUAACAGAGAACCUGAAGCCACCAAAGUCUCUGUUUAUUGAAGUACUCUGCAUGGUGGACUAUGGGAAGUUGGAGUUAGAAGAUGGUGAUGUGAUAAUGCUCAAGAAGAAUAGUAGACAUUUUUUACCUACCUCCGAGUGCCAAACAUUAAUACGACAGGGUAUUUUAAAGCAAAUAGUGUAACUUGUAAUAAAAUAUUGUUUAUGCCAUUA